AUGCUCAAAAAUCAAAAUGUUUAAGAAGAAAGUUAAAAAAGGAUAAUAUUGUAUUUCAAUUUGGAACAUAGUAAUAAAUCAUUAAUGGAAUUAAAAAACAUAAAGAAUCUAAAAAUUAUUUUCAAAAAUUCCACAUAUAUUAAAUUUGAGUAAAAAUAAUAGUCCUAUGUGACAUAAUUAUAUUAUUUUUAAGGAAUUUUUUAGGAAAAUUCAAACGAUGCAUUUGAUAUAAACAAACUGACUUAAGUUAAGAUUAAUUUACUCCAACUUGUCCAAUAGUUUAAUAAAAGCUAAAUAAAAGUUAUUCUUCAAUAUAAAUUUCCAAUAUAGUAAGAAUAAUAAUAAAUUGAUCAGCAUAUUUAUUAGUUAUUUGAUGGCUUCUUAAUUUAAUAAUAAAACAUCGUAUUACUUUAAAUAGAUGAGAAUUAGUAGUAAAUUACUUCUUAGUUAUAUUAGCCGAAAAUUUUAGAUCAACUUGUUUCUUUUAUCUAAAAUACAAAAAAGAAUCUAACAUUCAAUAAGGAUUGUAAAUAAAAAGAAAUAGAAUCUAAGAAGUUGUUAGGAUCAUUUAUAAAUCAUUUAAAUUCACCUACAGGUUUUUUCUAAUUUGAAUAAAAUGAUUAUUACUCUGUAGCCGUUUCAAUUUUACCUUUACUUAAAAGAUGAAUUGGAAGUACUAACAUUAUUAUUCCUGAAAAAUAUAAGAGUAUUUUAACUUAAUAUAUACUAAUUACUUGAAUUGCCAACUAAUUUAAAUUAUGAAAAAAAAGAUGAGAAUUUUUAACAAUUAUAAAAAUUAUUGCGUGGCCUCUUAUGUAGAUUCCAUUAAAUAAUUAAUUAAAGAGAAUCGAAUAUAAAAAUUAUUGUCUCUGAAAUUCACUCAGCUAUUUUACAUUGGGAGCCUCGUAUUUAAAACUACUUAAAAUAUUUGGCUUAAAAAGACGAAAAUGUUAAUUCAUUUAUUAUGAAGGAAAAAAUAUUUUUAUUUAAUUAUGAAAAAGUUAAUAAUGAAGUAAUAGAAGGAUAUAAAACAAAAGAAUUAAUUUCUAGAAAUUUUACUUAAGACAUUGUGAAAAGUUAUUUAGAAAAAGAAAUGAAAAUAAUAUCUUAAUAAUGUACUUUUGAGAUUAAGUACUUUGAUUUUCAUCUUCCGUCUAAACUUAAAAUGUUUCAAGAAUUAAAUAAUUUUUCGAUUAAAUAAAAUCCGAUUAAUAAGACGAAUGUCUGCUUAUUAGGUUUAACAAAAACUGGUAAAAGUACAUUACUAAAUAUCUUGAUUAAUCCUAAUAAUAUUGAAAUUAUUGAAAUUGAUAAUAAAAAAUAUUUCUCUAUCAUUAAGCAAUUUCAUAAUAUUACAAUAUCUUAAGUUUGUAAAAGUGAGACUAAAAAUACAUUUGAUAAAGAUCACGGACACACCAGGAUUUUUUGAUACAGAUAAUUAAACUAGAUUAAUUAAUUAGGUUAAAAUUUUUACAUAAUUACAAAGAUCACCUUAAGUAAUAUUUUUAAUUUUAAUUGAUGGAUAAUAAUUGUGUGAAAAUAUUAAUGAUUUUUAUUAAACUAUUGAGCAUUUCUAUUUGUUUUUUGGAGACAGGUUAAUUGAAUCUUAAUUAGAAAAAUUCAUUAUACCUGUGUUUAAUAAAUUAAAAUCGAAUACAAUGAAUAAGAUAAAAGAGUUUUUGAAAAAAGAAAUUGAAGUAGAAAGCUAAAAAAAUUAGUUCAUAAAAGCUAUUAAAAAUAGAUUGAAAUUUAUAAGGCAUCUCAUUUUCUUUAUAAAAAUGAAAUAUAACAAUUAGAGAAAUAAAAAAUGGAAAUUAACAACAAAAUUAAUAAAUUAUUAGGUGAGGAAAAACUGACUUAAGAGAUAAAAGAUUUAAAUAAAUAAGUAAUUAAAUUAUAAAAUUAAAUUGAUUUCAAAUAAAAUCAAAGAAAAUAAAUAAACUAUGGCCUAUUAGAGAAUAUUAAAUAAUAAAUUUUAAAUUAAUGUAAAUACUUAUAAUAGGAACAGAAUUAAUAAAAAUCCAAGAUUGUGUUCACUUUAGCAUUAAAUCCUGAUAUGAAAGAGUAUUAUAAUACUAUUUUAAAGUAUUAAGAUGAAAUUUGUGAACUUCUUUUAAAGUUAAUCACUGAUGUGAUAACUAACAAUCUUUUAAAUGAUCAUUCAAGAAAUGUUGAUGAUGUAAUAGAACAAUGCAAUUAGAUAGACAACAACAUAAAAGAAUAUAAAUCAAAAGAAAACAAUAUAAGUGUUUUCUCAUUUUUUUAUUCUUUGAGGUAAAAAUUUCUUAAUGUAUUCGAAAAUCAAAGAUUGAUUGAAGAUUUAAUUAAUAAAUUGAAUUCUAUAAAUAACCUCUCUCAAUUCAUACUGAAUGGAUAAAGAAUAAAAGAAAUUUCUACUUAAUACUUAGAAAAUGAAUUGAAUCUAAUAAGACAAAGUUGUAAUAAUGUAUGCGAUAAUAAAGAUUUUAAAGAUUUUUUGUCUGAAAAAAAAUAUUUUAAUUUUUAAAUAAUUUUUUUUAGAUUAAUAACAUAAACAGAGAAAGCAAAAAUUAUAAAGCAAAGGACCAAAGAGGAAGAAGAAAAACUCAAGAUGGAAAUUUUAAAAAUUGAAUAUAAUGAAUUAAAAAAAUCAUAAGAGACAAAAAAGAACUGA